AUGAAGGGCUUCGGCCUUUUCCCUACCUUCGCCGCCCUCCUUCUCCUCCUUACAGCUCUCUCUUCGGCCUGGCCGUGGCCCGAGACCCUCGACAACAAGAUCGAUGCCUUGCUUGUCCCCCGACAAGAGAACGAUAACAAUGAUGAUAAUGCCUCUCCGACCGAAGACAAUGCCUCGAGUACAUCUGCCAGUCAGUCCGCUUCGGGCUCAGGGUCUCGCUCGACCAUAACAUCGUCAGCAUCCCUUUCGGCAUCGGGAUCCGGAUCAGGAGGCUCAGCAUCUGGAAAUGCUACCAGGACAACUAGCACCAAGACCACUCCAAUCGACCCUCGGUUACCUCCCGGCGGUGUUGCACUCAUCACUCCUGCUUUGAUUGAUGGACCUCAGUACUACAAGGUCGGAGAUUUUGUCACGUUCGCCUGGAACUACACCUCCUUGUCCGUAACACCAACCGCCAUCGAUGUGUUGGCUUCCUGUGCCCAAAAUGCACAAACAUACACCCUCACUUCCAAUAUGUCUGUCGAAGAAACAGGCGCCUUCACCUGGGAUACGGGUGAGAUGUACGCAACCGCCACCAAUCCCUUUCCUGUCGCCAGUUAUACUUUGAUCAUCCAUGACUCGUCGCAAGACAUCACAGACGUGCCGUCUGCUGGCUUUUUGGCUGCCUACCAGCAGUAUAUCUUUGGCAUGUACACACCCCAAGCCUACACUCCGUUGAACGAGUUCAAAUGCGCAACCUGCAGUGGCGCUCUCUCGGUACAUGAGAAGCAAGCCCUGAGUGUAAUCCUGACGGCAUCAGCUAUCACAGUCAUGUCAUUUGCAUGGUUUGCUAACGGCUUCGGGGUGUUUUCAUGA